CGGAAUCCACGCUCGCCUGCCCUGCGCCUCCUCCCCUUUCUCUGUCCCUGCCCCCUUCUUCGUCUCCUUGCCCUUUCCCAAAACCCUAACCCUCACCACCACUUCUCUCUUCGAUCCCCUCUACCUAGGCGAGAGCGCGGCUCCGGCGAUGCCGCGGCGGCGCUUACCCUCCGGCGAUCCGCCGGUGCCGGACGAUCUCCGGUGCCGCAGGGCCGACGGCCGCCAAUGGCGGUGCCCAGAGCGCGCCCUCCCCGGGAUCUCCUUCUGCGAGCACCACCACCGUCUCUCCCUCCACGUUCAGUCCAAGCGCAAGCCCCCGAAGCCCCGCCGCGCUCCCCGUCGCGCUCCGCCGCCGCCUCCACCGCCGCCUCCGCCAGAUCCACCGGAGCCUGAGGUUCCCGACGACCAACUCCGCUGCCGGAGGACCGACGGCCGGCGGUGGCGCUGCUCGGCGCGCGCCCUCCCUGGCCUCAGCUUCUGUGAGCACCACGACCGCCGGAUCCGCCGGAACUCCGCUCAGCCGCCGCCGUCGCCGGAGCACGCGCCGCUCGAUCCGGCGCCAAGGAAGCGGCGGAGGAGGAGCGAGGAGCAUCCUGCGGCGGAGGAGGCGGCGACGCAGCGGCAUGAGGAGAGGAAGGAGGGGAAGAAGAGGCGGAUGACGUCCGAGGCGGCGGAGGAGGCGGCGACGCCGGAGGCGAAGGUGACGCGGGACCUCCCGAACGGCGUGAUGGUCAUCUCGUCGACGAGUCCGGUCCACGAUCGUAAGCUAGGGUUUGAGCCGGGGUUGCUCGUGAAGAGGCCCAUCCGGUCCAAGAAUGUCGAGCCGGUCCCCGUGGCAACAGUGAAAAUUUUUCCUGGUGGCAAAAGAUUGAAGAAGGACCGCAUAAGGACUUGCCACAGGUGCGGGAAGAGUAAGAUGGCGCGCAUUUUUCGGUGUAAGAGUUGCCGGAAGGAGUUCUUCUGCUCGAGCUGCAUUAAGAAAUGGUACUCUGGAAUGUCUAAAAUGGAAAUAAAAUUGUCUUGUCCUGUUUGUCGCGGCUCUUGCAACUGUGAAAAGUGCAUGCUGCGUGGAGAAAAGGACGAUGUAUGUAAGGAUGUAGAAGACAGUCAAGCGACUAAUAUUAAAAUCAAGUAUGCCGAUUACCUUUUCUCUCAUCUGCUUCCUGUCCUAGGAAAGAUCAAAAAGGAACAUAUUGAUGAACUGGAGAUAGAAGCAAGUAGACAAGGAACAAAAUUGACUGCCGUUCGCCUUCAAGUGGUGGAAAAUGGCCGUGAUGAGAUAGUUAACUGCAAUCUCUGCAAGAUGCCGAUUCUGGAUUUUCUGAGAAGCUGCUCGAAGUGUUCCUAUAAGCUUUGCUUAAGCUGUUGCCAAAAGAUACGCGGAGAAAAGCUACCUGACAAGGGUGGUGCAGACUUCAAUAAAGACUAUACUAAGAAAAGUGCGUAUAAUAAACAUGUUUCCUUCUUGUAUAAUGAAACAGAGCAGAAUCUUUCCUCCUCAGCGCUUCGUCAUGAGAUUAAUUCGACCUUACCUACUUCACCAACGUUACCUGAAUGGGAUUCUAAGGAUGAAGGGGAUGAGAGAAUUUUCUGCCCGUUCAAAGAAUUUGGUGGUUGCGGUGAAUGUCCUUUAAGUUUGAUAUAUUUGUUUCCGACUGGUUGGCGCGAAGAUCUGAGUGUUGGUGCAGAGAAAAUGGCUUCUAGCUAUAAUCAUCGUGAAAGGAAAGAUCUUUCGUGUCAUUGUUCCUCUCAGAGUGAUAAUAAUGACAAAUUAGGGCGAUAUACCGUUAGUCCUGAAGCAGUAGCUAGAUAAGAUUCAGUAAUGGAGAGCUGAAGGAAUUUAGAAAACAUUGAAAUAAAAGCUGCAUGUGAUGGUUCAUUGUGUUGGGCCAAGCACAUCUAAACGCAUUUGGUUGGCAGGGUCAUUGCAAAAGCAGUGAAGCUUUCUUCUGCCUGGGUCGGGAGAGAGGAGGUGAAACUGGUCUGGCAAAUAUGCGGGAAAUAGCUGCGAGAAAAUAUAGGUCUUUGUAAAUAUAUGUAAAUUUUUCAUGGAUAGACUCGAUUUGCUGUUUGUGUCUUAUUUGAAUUUGCUGCAUAUGCAUGUAUGCUAAUUUGGUGAAUUUUAUGUUAUGUUCCUCUGUCGUUGGAUUCUGUUUUCAAAUUAUUUCGUAGCUUCUUUUCGGUAAGUCA